GUCUCCGCUCUUGUGUAGACUCCAGAGCGAAAAACGCACUUCUUCUGGUGCGACCGGAGAGCGUAAAAGUCGCAGCUCUCCCACCCUGACGCGCAGACACCAUCUCCGGCUCCGGCGGUCCCCCGAAUCCAGCUUCACUGAGCGGGGAACAGAAAAAGAGUUUCUCCACAUCUCCCGGUGACUCUUUCAGCCAUGGACGCAUCUCGAGUCGUUACGGUAUAUCUGGGCCUCCUCCUUGUUUUUCUUGGGAAUAUACCGUGUUUCCAGUCUGCUGCUAUCAUCGCUCCCUCUGCGCCGAGGAGGAACAGGGGAGUCAGGAUCCCUCAUCAGGACGGACAAAGGUCAUCCAAAUUCCUAAAAGACAUCUUUGCGUCUUCGCAGCCUGUCGUGGGACAUCGCAAAGAAGACUUAAAGGACGCUAUUGUUCCACAUGAAUACAUGCUGUCUAUAUACAGGACAUACUCGGCUGCAGAGAAGCUCGGACUAAACGCGAGCUUUUUCCGCUCCUCUAAAUCUGCCAACACCAUAACAAGUUUUGUGGACAGAGGAACAGACGAUCUUUUGCACUCUCCUCUGCGAAGACAAAAGUAUCUGUUUGAUGUCUCAACCCUUUCAGAAAAAGAGGAGCUGGUCGGGGCGGAAUUAAGGAUAUUUAGGAGAGCGCCCGGGGAUCUGCAGACGACGGGCCUCUACGACAUCCAGCUCUACCCCUGCCGCUCCGACAGGCUGCUGGACUCCAGGUCUCUGGACCCGCUGGACUCCACCAAAGCCGGCUGGGAGGUUCUGGACGUGUGGGAGUUGUUUAAAGCGCACCGUCACCACCACCCCCAUCAUCACCAUCACCACCAGCAGGGGAACCAGAUCUGCUUCCAGCUCAGGGUCACUCUGGGCAAAUCAGACACCGAGGUUGACCUGAGGCAGCUCGGGCUGGACAGGAGAGGCCGGUCCCAGCAGGAGAAGGCCAUCCUGGUGGCCUACACCCGCUCCAAGAAGAGGGAGAACCUGUUCAACGAGAUGAAGGAGAAGAUCAAGUCGCGGAGGUCGGUGGGUGAGAAGGAGGACGCGGUGGUGGUGAAGGCGGCAGCAGAGGAAGAGGGGGUGUUGCCCCUGAGGGGGGGCAAAGGAGAGGGGCCCCGGCGGCGGCGGAGGACCGCGCUGAGCAACCGGCACGGGAAGAGGCACGGGAAGAAAUCCAAAUCCAGGUGCAGCAAAAAGGCGCUGCAUGUGAAUUUCAAAGAGCUCGGCUGGGACGACUGGAUCAUCGCGCCCCUGGAUUACGAGGCGUACCACUGCGAGGGGGUGUGCGACUUCCCCCUCAGGUCGCACCUAGAGCCGACCAACCACGCCAUCAUACAGACACUCAUGAACUCCAUGGACCCCAACAGCACCCCGCCCAGCUGCUGCGUCCCCACCAAACUCAGCCCCAUCAGCAUCCUGUACAUAGACUCAGGCAACAACGUGGUGUACAAACAGUACGAGGACAUGGUGGUGGAGCAGUGUGGGUGCAGGUAGCGGACAUUAUCUGUGAGGAAAAAAAAAUAUAUGAAAGACAAGAACAUUUUAAAGCUAAGUCUUUAUGGGUCCCAGGCUGAAGAUAUAAAGUCCUCACGGGUCUGAAGUGCUUUUACGCAUGACGCGCCUCGUCUUUAUCUAAAAGGGAUGCACACAUGAGGCGAUAUCUUCUAUUUAUUCAGUCUCAGUACAGCCACAUUAACGUACAUUCUCUGCCUUAAAGUGUUAAGCACAUUAAUUCGCAUCAUGCAACAAGUUUUCACUCAUCCAACAGGCUUUUUGUUCCCAAUGAGAGUGAGACGUGUCCACAUGGCAUGAGUGUGUGUGAUGUGACUGAAGGCGAGAUGGGAACCUAUUGAGUCCGACUGCACACCUGUUCGUGCCGAGGCCAGAGGACAGUCAGCAGCUCUUUGUUGCUGCUCUGCCGUGUGAUCCUGCCAGCCUGGCCGGACUCUUUUGGGUAUGUGCAGCCAGGCCGUAAUUGCUACUGUCCAGCUGGAGUCAUUACAGGCCCGAGCAAGUGCUUGUUUUCAAAAAAAAAAAAAAAAAAGAAAGAAAAAAGGAAAAAAAAAAUGAAGAGGGUGAAUGUCUAAUCUACCAAACACAGACUGGUCUGAGAAGAGGAGAUAAGAUGGUGGGGGUGCUGCCUUCAAGAGAUUUUUUUUUUUUUUUUUUUUUUUUGGAGACCAGCUGAAAAAGGCGCUGGACAGAAAGGACACAAAAUCACAUUUGUGCCUAAAUGGGGCCCUGUUGUAUAAAAAGAAAAAGAAAGCACACAUAACUGAAGCGAACUUUUUUUUUGCUCAAAAGUCUGCAUCUUUAAUGCACUUCCACGUCUGACUGCGCCAAGGACACGUGGUCAGCGAGAGUUUGUCUUCUCUGAUGACGAAAAUAUAAAAUAAAAUUAAAAAAGACUCGCAAACGAGGCGAUAUUUAAAUGCACAUUAGCUUUGAAUGCACUGCUGUUCAUUUUUUUCCUCUUUUUGUUUUUGGAGCUGUAAAUAUUUGUACAGUUGAAAAACUUUAACAAAGUGCAGCGAAUGAAGAAAUGAGAAAAAGGCAUUUCUUUGUAAAUAUACAAAAUGCACUCAAAUCGGUAUAAUUUCUAUUCUAUAAUUAUUUUAUUAUUUGUGAUGUACAGAGGUUCAUGAUAAUCAUAUAUUUCUUACAUUGAUAAGAGUAAUUUAAGGUGUAUUCAAUAUUUUGCAGAGGGUGGAAAAUACCAUUAUUAAUGUCUACCUCAUAAUUGCAUAUAGGAUCUGAGUUUUGAGGUGCAUUCAGUUAGAGUCUAAAGAGCUUUUACAAUGAUAUAUAAGAUCAUUUAUAUACAUAUAUUACUGGAUAAUAUUCCACACCAUUACUGUACAAAUAAAAUUCAAAACAAAUCCA